UCCUCGGUUGCUGCAGGAAAGUGCCGCCUGCCUCGGCAGUUUCACUUUCGGUUUCCUCCGGAUCUUCGGCGGAGGCCGGCCUUGUGGGCCACUUGGAGAGGGGGUUUGGAUCCCGGCCACCAGAUUUUUGAUCAGGAUUGUUAAAAUGAGUCUACGGAAGCAAACCCCCAGUGACUUCUUAAAGCAAAUCAUCGGACGACCAGUUGUGGUAAAAUUGAAUUCUGGAGUGGAUUAUCGAGGGGUCCUGGCUUGCCUGGACGGCUACAUGAAUAUAGCCCUGGAGCAGACGGAAGAAUAUGUAAAUGGACAGCUGAAGAAUAAGUAUGGUGAUGCAUUUAUCCGUGGAAACAAUGUGUGUUUAUUUUUUUUCUUUCCAGUGUUGUAUAUAAGUACACAGAAGAGAAGGAUGUGAAGACGCCAAGAGGACAAUACUUUUCAUACUUGGAUAUAUUUUUUAUGAGAUUUUUUUUUGGUUCUUUUGUGACGUGACUUGUCCUGUUUCAUAAUAGUUGGUCAUUUUUCACUGACAUGCGAGUGAGAGAAGUGCACAAAAUCGUGGAUGUAGUUGUAAAGAGUUUCCUCCAUAUUUAAGUUUUAGGCAUUUUCUUUUCCCGCUGUGUCAGUGUGCAGAACGCAAAAGAAUAAAAAAAAAAAAAGAAAGAAA